AUGCCUGCGCAACGUGCUGGAAGUCCCAAGAAACGCAAGACAAAGCGUAAAGCUGUGGAUUCUGAUCUUGGGAAGACACUCGGCAGCGUUGAAGAGAAGGCCAAGCGAUCACGAGUCCAAUCGCAGGCUGAUGCGUCACCACCAGCAAAGCCCCCACAGUCAGUCCCUGACUUGGACGACGCUGACAACUCGAGCCUUCAACGUACUAAUUGUGCGGGUGCUGGGAAGGGGGGUAGGAAUAGUCAGCUUGAGAGAAUUAGUGCCUUGUUGGAGGCGCCUGGGCGGGCAACCAAACCCAAAGGCUCAACCACCCUUGAUUCAAACGCUCCUGUGAACCCUCUCGCUCCCUUACCACCUAGCAAGGGUCGCGGGAGUCGCUCAAAGGCUCCUCCACCGUACAGUGCCUCACAGCCAGUGGUAGAUUCCAGUGUUCCGCCUCCAAGAAAACAAGGCAAAAAAGCCAAGUCUCUUACCAAGAAGACCGCCGCCCCCGCCUCCAGCAUUGAGGCGCCCAAUCUACCAAACUUUGUACAGCGCGAAGAUGGCAAACAUUUUGUGUUCCAUCCAUCAAUUGUCCCUUCUCACAUGGAGAAAGUUCUUGAUGCCUCCUUAAUGGCUGCCAAGAGGACCGGUCAGAAGCCUGCCACUAUGAGUGUUGACACUUUGUCGCAAUCACAUCCUUUGAAGACGACCUCAGUUGAGAUGAGGCCACAUCUGCAAGCUGACUUCUAUGCAAAUAUAGAUCCUUCUCUCCGGCCAAUUGGUCAGGAAGCACAAGUCUCAACAUCUGAGGAUGACGAUUCCUCUACUGACAACGCUGAUGAAAGCGACACUGACGAAGAAAGUGAUAACGACGACGGUGAAAUUGGUUGGGGAGGAGACCAUGGGAGUCAUAGUGUGCAUCCUGGCUUUUCAAAGGAAGGAACAUCAGCGCCCCAACCUCGGGCUGUCGCCCUACCUUCUGAUUUUGAGUUCCAGCAUUCGCGAGAUGAAGAGGAGAAUGUUGCAAUAGGAUCGUUAGCAGUUGACAAGACCUCCAGUAGCAGUAGCGAUGUUAACAGUGAGCCUACCAAGCUGGAGGAUGUCUUACAGAGUCACCACAAGAAAAAUGGUUGUCUGCGCCUCCCUGACCCCGAAAUGCUUGAUCUCAUCCGUCGCCAAGAGACUCAAGCCACUGAAUACGAAGCCCUAAGCCGACCCAACUCAGGCUGGUAUCCUCCACGGUGGAAGUCCUUUCUUGAGGAGGCAAAAUCAGAGUGUCGUGUCCAGCAUGCAAUCGAGAAUGCAUUCCCAGACACCGUCAAGGAUUUGCCUCUUUCAGUCACCGAAGCACUCACGUCGUCACUCGUCGAAUGGCUUGAAGCAGGUAACGAGGUGGAAGUGGGUAUAUGGCCCGAACACAAGGCUGAUAUGGCCAAGUUGCUAUAUGAAGACUUAUCAACCUGGCACUCCGACCUCAAGAAGAUAGCUAUCAGUAUAUGGCCCGAACACAAGGCUGAUAUGGCCAAGUUGCUAUAUGAAGACUUAUCAACCUGGCACUCCGACCUCAAGAAGAUAGCUAUCAGUAUCACGCCCUCCAUGUACAACCUCAUCCCCCCAGCUGAGGUGCCUCCUCAAGCUCACACUGCCUGGGUUGAGAACGCUGCUUCAGAACUGUUGGACGAGUCUUUCUUUCUUCACGAUGGCGUGGAUGACCUUGGGAAAACCAAAAACGCUGCUCACCCUGCACUCAAGGCAGCUGCCGUCGCCUUCUUCUACACUGGUUCCUAUCGCAUCGCUCACAGGAGACCCGAUGUCUUCAAAAAGGAGUUACCUUUGGAGUCUUUGGCUUUGGUUUGCACUGCGUACAACUGCGUCUUUGACGGGCUAAUCAAGAAUGGCAGUGGCAAGUAUUUUCCGAAGUUUACUGCCAAAGACUACUCCUCUGUCUAUUUCUCGAUGGUUGCCGAACUCAAGAAUAUCACGACGCACGAGUAUCACGGCCCUAAGUUGACACGACAGCUUCGUGAGUGGGCUGCAGAAGGAUGGGCGCAGUCCUGCAAACUCGACGGCAAGGACACAUCAAAGCAUCGUCAUUUGCGGGUCCUGCUUGAUUAG